AUGAGAGGUGAUCAAAGGAUUAACUUUGCUUUAAAAGUGUUUGCAAUCUCAUUAUUAUUGGCAUUUACCUAAACCAAAUCAUUCUUGAAACUUUAUGAAACAGGAAAAUAAGAAGUCUAAAAAUAAAUUUUGACAGUUGGAGUUUUGACAAUUCCAGCUACAGACUCAGAAUAUCAAGAUGUCCAUCAUCAUCAUUAUAUCAUAGAAAUGAAUCUCAUUUGGAUGCUAACUGGCGGGAUGAAUCCAGUUGCAAUACCAUACAAUGCAACAGAUGAUUUGCUUUAUGCACUUUUAAGAUAAGUUAAUGGCAUUUAUUUCACUGGGGGUGAUUUAGAUUUAUUUAAUAAUGUUACUGGAGCUCCUCACCCUUACACUGUUACUGCCAAAAAGAUCUUUGAAUAUGCUAAAACUUAAAAUGACAAUCAUAUAUACUUCCCAAUCUUUGGUGUGUGUCAAGGCCAUGAGCUCUUGCAUUUACUAGUGGCUGAUAAUAUUUCAGCUCUAGGAUGGUCUGAAGGUGAGAAUGUAUGUUUGAGCACAAACUUUAGUUUUGAUAUGAAAUAUGUAACUAGAUUGUUCUCUUCUUUCAGCGAUGAGACUUUAGAAGCCAUGCAAACCUAAGAAAUAAUGAUGCAUUUACAUCAUAGAGGAAUUCCAGUUGACUAUUAUUAGAAAUACCCCACAUUGGCUAAAUUCUUUAGGAUCUUAUCAACCAACAACAUCUAAGGGAGAGAAAUAGUAAGCACUGCAGAAGCUCUCAAAUAUCCUUUUUAUAUAACUCAAUAUCACCCUGAAGCAGCAUUUGAUCCUGUUUCAGAUAUGCAUGCUAAUCAUCAGAUUAUUAGCUUCAAGAUGGCUUAAUCAUUCGCUAACUUCUAUGCUUCUUAAUGUGAUGUUAACGACAACCAAUUUAGUGACCAAGAACUUUUAAAUAAAUGGCUAGUAAAGAAUGGAUAUAAAACUAAAGUAUCAUAUAUUGAAAAAUUAGUAAACGUUUAUGCUUUUGAUUACUGA